AUGGUGAAGAAAAGCUCGAGAAAGUCAGAGAUCAAUGUGGUAGAUUUAGAUCAUGACUCUACCACCGAGUUGAUCUAUGAAAAGGGAUCAUUACGGGAAUUCCCGUUGUCUCAGCUUUCCGAUCAGGUUUCACAGGGUAGGUUGAAUACCACCACCAAGGAAAAACUCUUGUUACUUUGUUUGACGUUGGUGGCUCUUUUCGUCCGUACCAGAAACUUGCAAACACCCAAUCAAGUGGUCUUUGAUGAGGUUCACUUCGGUGGCUUUGCUUCAAAGUAUAUCAAGGGUAAUUUUUUCAUGGACGUUCAUCCUCCAUUGGCCAAGCUACUCUAUGCUAUGAUUGCAUUUUUAGGAGGUUUCAAUGGAGACUUCACGUUUGAGAAAAUUGGUAACGUUUAUCCGUCUAAUGUUCCUUACGUGUUGAUGCGUCAGUUCGCUGCCUUUGCUGGUGUUGGUACUGUUGUUCUUAUGUAUCUAUCGUUAAGAGCCACUGGUUGCAAGCCUGUGGUUUGCUUUGUCACGUCGUUAUUGCUUAUUUUCGAAAGUGCUAAUGCCACCAUCGAUAGGUACAUUCUUCUCGAUUCUCCUCUUCUCUUCUUCAUUGCAGCUGCCACCUAUUCCUACUUAAAACUCGAGGCUUGUAAACCUUUCUCUUUGAAAUGGUAUAAGGCUCUGAUUUCCACCGGUAUCUGUCUUGGCUGUGCAGUUUCUUCUAAGUGGGUCGGUCUUUUCACUGUUGCUUGGAUCGGCGUUUGUACUGCUAUUCGUCUUUGGUUUGUCAUCGGUGAUCUCAAUGUCUCUGCUAAGAGUGUCGUGAAUCAGGCAUUGCUUAGAUUCUUUGUCAUUUUGGGCACUACUGCUGCCAUCUAUUUGUCCUCUUUCUAUGUUCAUUUUCACAUUCUUACACACGAGGGAGAUGGUGCCUCGUUUCUCUCGUCACCAUUCCGUUCUACUUUCGACGAUACUAGCGUGCCCAAGUCUACUUAUGCAGAUGUAGGCGUUUCGUCCAUCGUUACAUUCAAGCAUUUAUCCUCCCCGGAGGGUUACUUGCAUUCCCAUGAUCAUUUAUAUGAAGGUGGCUCUAAUCAGCAGCAAGUUACCUUGUAUCCAUAUAUUGACGAUAACAAUAAGUGGACCCUUGAACUCUACAAUGAUAGCAGUGAACCCUUAAAGUUUGUUCCUAUUUUGGAUGGUACCAAGAUCAGAUUAAAACAUAUGAUGACUUCUCGUCGUGUUCAUUCUCACGACAUUCGUCCGGUUGUUUCCGGUUCCGAUUGGCAGAAUGAGGCCUCCUGUUAUGGAUAUGAGGGCUUUGAUGGUGAUCCAAAUGACGACUUUAUCGUGGAAAUUGUCAAGGACAAGUCUGUUCCUGGCAUUGCUCAAGAACGCGUCAGAGCUAUUGAUACUGUGUUUAGAUUACACCAUGCCAUGACCGGUUGUUAUCUUUUCUCCCAUGACACUCGUUUACCUAAAUGGGGAUUCGAGCAGAAUGAAGUCACCUGUGCCAAAUCUGGUAUCGAGUCUCUCAGUUACUGGUAUAUCGAGCAGAACCAAAACAUCUAUCUUAGCCAAAGAAAGGCUGAAACCGUCUCCUACUCGGCUCCUGGCUUUUGGAAGAAGUUGGUGGAGCUUAACAAGGUGAUGUGGAAAGUCAAUAGCGGACUUACUCAGCAUCACGUGUACGAAUCGCAGCCACACAGUUGGCCUUCUCUUCUUCGUGGUAUUUCAUACUGGAAGGGUGAACACACACAGGUCUAUCUUCUUGGAAACCCUGUCGUUUGGUGGAUUGCCUCGUUUAUCUUCCUUCCAUUUGCGUUAUACGUUGUUGUGCAGAUCAUUCGCUGGCAAUACGGCUCGUCUGUGGGAAACAAUUCAGUCUUGUUUAACUUUAACAUUUGCACGUUUGAGUUUGUCCUUGGAUGGUUCAUCCAUUACUUCCCAUCUUUCCUAAUGGGAAGGCAGAUGUUCAUGCAUCACUAUCUUCCUGCUUUAUACUUUGGCAUUCUAGCACUAGGACAGACACUUGAAAUGAUUCAUUCGUAUCUUUUCAAGCGUAAUCGAUAUUUGAGUUAUGCUUUCUUCUCUGCUUUGCUUGCCGCUGCCGUGUAUUCCUUCUUCCAGAGAGAUCCAUUGAUGUAUGCAAACACUUGGACAUUUGUCAAGUGUGAGUCUUCCAAAUGGUUGCGUGGAUGGGAUUACGAUUGUAAGAUCUAUCCUGCAGAGGAGCCACCUGCUGCAGUUGUGAGUAUUCCUCAACAGCCUGAACCUACAAUCAACUUUGAUGAUGCCGUGCAAGUUCCCUCUAGAGACGAAUUGUAG